AAGCAAAUUUGAACCGAUAAGUUUUGAGUCUGGAUUUAAAAAUUGAAAAGGAGUCUACAGUUCCAGAGUAGGGGAGCUGAGCGGCUGAAGGCACGGGUCCACAUGGUGACCACACGGACAGCUGAAGGGCAGAAGAAGACCGGAGAGAGCGAGAGGGAGUGUUGAUAUGGAGGAGAUUAGGAAGAUAAGAAGGAGCAUGGAGGGCUUUGAACGUGUAGAGAAGGAUUUGAAUUGAAUCCUGAAAAUGUCUGGAAGCCCGUUCAGCUGCUGGAGAAUGGGAGGGAUGUAAUGGAAGGAAGGAGUUCUGGUGAGGAUGCUGAACUCUGGACUAAUUGAGUUUUAUUGGGAAGAGCAGAGAGACAUGCACUGCAAUAGUCAAAGCCAGAAGUGACUAGACUAGGAACAAAGAGUGGACAGUGACUAAGACACACCGGCUUCUGAUCCUGACAGGUGAGGGGACACCUGUGUCCCACAACUUCCUCUGUAAAAGAAAAGAUCAACCAGGAGAGAAACAGACUUGACAUGCAAAACGCCAUCAGGCUUCAGAAAUGUGAGCGUCUGUGCAGGACAAGCCGGAGAAUCCAAGCAGGGAAUCCAGGAGAUGCUGGAGGCAGAGAUGCUUCUAGCAGAAACAACACAGUUACACUUUCUUCUUUUAUUAGACAUAUUAAAAAUCUGCACGUGAUCUGAUCAGAGCUGAAUUAGGAAACCCAUGCAAAACCAUAAAAUGAAGUAACUCAGUAGGGGUGGGAUUAAAUAAAUUCACUUUUUCCUGCUCUGACUGAUAGAAAAAAGAAAAUCGGCGUCACUGAACAUCAAAUCAGAGCCUCUUCUCAAGAUAUUUCAGUUUCUUUCACGAUGUCAGACCUUCAUCCUGCAAAACACUCCCAAACAGCUCGACUUCCCGGCCUGCAGUCAAGAUGUUUCUCCUUUUAGGAGGCGUGAUGCAAGAGGAAAGUCCGACAAUGCCACCUCAUCAUUAGCUUCAGUUAUGCAAGAGACGGAUUUAGGCAUUUAAGGGCGGGGGGAUGCCCCCUUAAAUGUGACGGCCCACAAUAUCUCACUAAAGGAAUGAAAAGCACAAAAAAACCUCCACAAAAAAAACAUAAUAAAAAAAAAAGAAAGAAACAAAAACAGAAGGAUGGACGGACGGAUAAAGAAACAGACAUAAAAAGAAAAAAAAGAUAAAUGCAGCCUCAGCAGAGAACAAGCCAGAGUCCUGCUUGUGCUUGUCCCAAACCCGGUAAACACAGAGGGUGGUGUCAGGAAGAGCAUUCAGAUUUAGAGAUGGAUGAACUGAUGACAGCAUUUUAUUGGUUCAACGGGAUAAGACAUCCCAAACUCUCAGCCCACCCGGACUGGGAUCCAUGGGAGGAAAACUUAGUGUCCAAAGUGUCAGAGUGGGAGCAGUUGUGCGUGGUGAGCACACACUGCAGACCCGUGUGCUGUUUCUCUUUGUGACAGAUGUGACGCUCCACACACAACUGAAUCCUCCUGUUCACGUGCCUCUCUGCUGCAGUGGGCAGAAACACUCACAUGUGGAUAAAUGGACUUUACCAGAGGGGUCGGGUCGGGCGCUCUGCCUUUUCUUUGUUCGCACAACUUUAUUAAGUUUCACAAAAGCAAUCAAGGGCUGACAGGCAAAAUCAUGGACACAAAAUCCAUCAGUUAAACUUUUCUAAACGUUGGAUUGAAAAAAUAAAUGAAAAAGAUUCAAUUACUUAUUCAAAUUGUGGAUUUAAAUAUUCUAUAAAUGCAACGAAUUUUGUCGUCAUCAAUAUAUGUAUAUAGACACACACAGUGUGUUUAUAUUAAACUAUUUUAAAUGAUGCUACAGAACUCCAGAGAUCUCCUCCUUUUUGUGUUACAACAGGAGCCUGAUCUUUGCCCAAAUGUUUGCACUGGUGAGAAAAGAGGAGCCCAGCUUCGCUUUGGAGACUUGCUGUUGUUUUACAGUCAGCUGUAGUUUGAUGUUUUUUUCCUCAAGUUACACUCAACAGACACAAGCAGCAGGUGAUGAGAUGAGGGCUGAGAUGGGAUCAAAUUUUAAUGAUGCCUGUGAGGCAAAGAGCUUCUCGGAGAUGAAGAGAAAGCGCCGCUUCCUCUGUUUGGGACGGAGAUGAGUUGUGAACCUCCUGCUCAGAAAGGGCAACUUUGGUCUGAGGACCAAUUUGAAACUUUUUGAGUUUAAUGUUUUGUGGAUGAGCGUCUUUGUCUAAAAGAAUAUCAUCAAGGAGAACAUAAACAUCACUUAAGACGUUUCUCCAGAAAAGAUUGAAGCGACUUUUCUGUCUUUGUGCGUAAAGAAUCUGCAUUCUUCAGAUGUACCAAACCAUAAGGAUGCUUCCUCAUUUCAGCCAGAGCUGCCUCAUUGUCAGAACCUCUGAGGCCAGCGGACGCCUCGGUUGGUGGACCGAGUCACGGCCCCGCCCCUCCUGUCCCAGUCUCGCCCCCUUUGAUUGGUCGGUUCCUCCGUCACUCCCGAGGGUGAGGCCCCUCUGACCCAGCCUCUUUGUUGCUCUCCGCUCCCCUCAGCAGGUUGGGCUGAGGGCGCGUCUAGGGGACCGCGGACAGCUCCCGACCGGAGCGCAGAGCAACGCAGGAGGAGGAGAGGGCUGGAUAUGGGGGAGCCGGCGCGCGGGCCCGAACGAGCGAGAUAAGACAGGCUUUUUCAUGCGCGCACUCCGGGGGGAAGACACAAAGAGACGCCCUGGGAGGACGCAGAGGGGGAAAGCGGGAGCACGGCUGCUGACCCAUCCCGGCAGGAAAGGAGGAGGAAGAAGAGGAGAAAGAAUUGUGCUCACCCUGAUGGACUGAGAGGACAGAUGAAUGAAGACUGCCUACACUAACGCCUAUAGAUGCCUGGCCAAGGACCUGGACGCUUACGCCAUGAACGCAGACAUGACAAUGGACGGCAUUGGCAGCCUGCAUGGCGGGGUGUCGGUCAGCUCCGUGGCCCCUGACGCGGAGCUGAUGAGCGGCCACAGCCCGCAUCACGGCCGCGGAGGCUCGUCGGUAGCGGCCGGGGGACCCGGAGCGGCGGCGGCGGCGGCUGCGGCUGCGUCCACCCUGCGGAUACACCAGGACCUGGCCGCCGCCGCCGCCGCGUCCUCCCGCUCCGCCAUGGUGUCCGGCAUGGCCAGCAUCCUGGACGGGAGCGGGGAGUACCGGCCGGAGCUGUCACUGCCGCUUCACCACGCCAUGAGCGUGCCCUGCGACGCCUCCUCUCCCGGGAUGGGAAUGAGCGGCACCUACACCACCCUGACGCCGCUGCAGCCGCUUCCCCCCAUCUCCACCGUGUCCGACAAGUUCGCCCACCACCAUCACCACCACCAGCGGCUCUCCGGGAACGUGAGCGGGAGCUUUACUCUGAUGCGGGACGAGCGGGGGCUGCCGGGCAUGAACAACAUCUACAGCCCCUACCACAAAGACCCCAUGUCCGGGAUGGGUCAGAGCCUGUCCCCGGUGCUGGGGAACGGCUUGGGUUCCAUCCACAACACCCAGCAGGGUCUCCACAACUACGGCGCCACGACGCACGGCGGACACGACAAGAUGCUGAAUUUUGACGCGCACCACACGGCGUCCAUGCUGGCCAGAGGGGACCACCACCACCACCACCAGCACCGAGGCCUCGGCGGCCCCGCCGCCGGGAUGAUGCCACACCUGAACGGCAUGCACCACCCGGGGCACCCCGCCGCCUCCUCCGCGGGCCACCACCCCCACCCCCACCUCCAGUCUCCGUCCCACGGGCCCGUGUUGGCUUCCACCCGAGAAAGACCGCCCUCCUCCUCGGGGACGCAAGGGGGUAACGGCUCGGGUCAGCUGGAGGAAAUCAACACCAAAGAGGUUGCGCAGAGGAUCACGGCAGAGCUGAAGAGGUACAGCAUCCCUCAGGCCAUCUUCGCUCAAAGGGUGCUGUGCCGCUCCCAAGGGACCCUGUCGGACCUCCUGAGGAACCCCAAACCCUGGAGUAAACUAAAGUCAGGCCGGGAGACUUUCCGGAGGAUGUGGAAGUGGCUGCAGGAGCCCGAGUUCCAGAGGAUGUCGGCCCUCAGACUGGCAGUUGCGAGCUGUCGCAGCCCAGUGAGAUACAACCCUUACUCCAACGUUCCUCACAGUGACACUGAAGCCAAGGUAACCCAUGCUGUGUAUUCAACUUGCAAACGGAAGGAACAGGACACGGCGAAGGACCGCAGCAACACACCAAAGAAGUCGCGACUCGUCUUUACCGACCUGCAGCGGCGCACCCUGCUGGCCAUCUUCAAGGAGAACAAGCGUCCGUCGAAGGAGAUGCAGCUCACCAUCUCCCAGCAGCUGGGGCUGGAACUCACCACCGUCAGCAACUUCUUCAUGAACGCCCGCCGCCGGAGCCUGGACAAAUGGACAGACGACGGAGCCAGCCCCGGCGGCCAAUCCUCAGCGUCCAGCACUUGUACCAAAGCAUGAUAGGAGAGGGAGGGGAGCCACGGGAUGGGAGGGCUUUUUGGGGCGGGAUGGGUGGAGUUGACGGGAGGGGGGGAUGGGAUGAGGGUCGGGGCUUUGUCCAGUUCAAGCGAGGAGGAAAACCAAACUUUUUACAAUAUUUUUGUUUGUCUGUUUUGCUUUCCUCCAGGGUGACAAACUGAGAGAGGGGCUGCUCACUGCCACCACUUGUUGUAGCCGAACCGCCUUUUGCAAAUUUCUCAUAAAUCCACAUGGAAGCUUUAAAACACACAAACCUCACUGGAGGGCAGAAACCUUCCGAAUCAUAGAUUGUCACGGCUGAUGUCUCCUCAUGGACAGCAGACGGACACACUAGCCCAAAUACCAAAGACUAGAAGACAAGAAAUGUUUUCUAUUAUGCAAUAUAAGCUAGGAAACUACCAAACAAGUUACCAAGAAAAGCUUUAUGACUGCAGAAUGUGACAGACGCUCUGGGAUAAUAAUAAGGGAAGAAAAAAAAACACUAUUCUUUAUUUUUGAUGUUUUCAGACCCUCAGAUGUCCAAAGAAACUUUGGAAGGUGGAUUUUAAACAUGAACAGUAAUACUUAGAAGGCUUUUGCGGGUGGGUUUGAGGACAACAGGGAGCAGUCUGGUCUGCUGAAGGGGAGCUUAUGUGUCAUUCGUAUACAAACCAAAGAUAUGCGUAGAUUCUAGUUACCAGGUUCAGAAUUCAUGGUUUUGCUGAUUGAACUUUGUGAAAGUUGCUCGCCUCAGUCAGACCUGCGAUCAAAAGUGAUCACGAUUCAAAGGGAUUUGACUCUUUAAAGCGGCUGGUGAGAAUUUUCUCAAUUUGGGACAAAACAUGCAAGCACAAACGCUCAAACACAAACGUGCAAAUUCCUCACGGGUUGAACAGCCAAGCCCUCAGCAGAUGCAGCUCUCAGUGGAGAGGCAUUGUGGUUCAUUUUCAUCGAAACGUGAGCACAAUCCUAAAGCACAUUUUCUUUGCAAUAGAACCGGGGCCUACAGCCGAGCCGAGCCGAGCCGAGCCGAGCCGAGCCGAGCCGAGUGGUCUUCACAUCUUAGAAAACUCAGGAUGCCAUUUUUUUCUAAACAGCGGCUGAAAGCCGUUCGGCGCUUGUCACUGCAUGCUGUUCUGUACAGAUGUGCUGUGGACUCACACAGAUAGGACUGCUUUAAGGAAAAGACACACAACUUUAAAGAGUCAUUUCUCGAUUCCCCAGCUCCCAGCCCGACCUUCAGAUAAACCAAGCUAAGCUCCAGAUCAGCCUUUCCACGGAGCAUCGGAGCGCCACCGCUGUCUCUGCUCCUCACUCAGAGGAAAGCUGAAGCAAAACCAUGAGUCCCAAAUCUGAGCUCACGAAAACCAGAGGCCUGCACCACUUAUGCAGACUUCAACGAAACCAAAGACUACGUUUCACAUUUUAGUCCUCUGACUUCCUACUGAAUACGCUUUAGAGUGAGGUUUUCAUUUAGCUUUGGCUGCAAACUCAGAUGCUUUUGGGAGGUUUCUCCUGCCUUCACAGCCACAAACAGCGUUCAGCAGACGCGGCAAACCGGCCGAACCUGCAGAGGACGAACUGUCCAGGCGCAUCAGGGCCUUUGUAAUAAUUAAAGAGGACAAUCUUAAGACGAUGCCUGGCCAGUCCGUUCCUUCCAGGAGGUCGGUGAGCCGGAAAAUGUCAACACAAACCUCAGCCACUCAUUUCAAUGACUGUCAUCAACUCAUUGAGAGGGAAAAAAGGAAACAGACUCCAGACUGACAGGAAGAGAACAUCUGCUUUUGAUGGAGUCUAUCAAUGGCUCUCUGUAUUGUUGUCUUCCGACCAUUAAUUCCGUGUUUCGUACCCAUUGGUUUUAGGAGGUUUUAUUCGAAUGUAGCGCCGUCUAAAUUGAUAGAAGAAUUAGCGCAGGCUAAAUCCUCAGCCACUGUCACUGUCUGUCCCUCUCCUUUCACCCCAUCAAUCAUCCUUCACUGAAGCUACCAAACCAAAAAGAAACACGUGAGAACGCAACAGUAACCAAACCAAAGCAAAGGCGUCAGUCAGCAGCCCCUGCUCCUUCAAAAAUCCAGGCUGAGACGUGGCCUGGUCAGAGGCAGCCAAAGGCUUUAGGAAUGCUUUGACGUAAAAAAAAAUGGACACUUGAGACUUUUUCUAUUUAUUGACAAAUCGAAACCAAAGAAAAACCUUUUUCUGCACCUAACUGUUCCAACAAAUGGAAGAAACUGACUGAAAAUGGAAGAAAAUUAUUACCAAACAGAGAAAAAGACCAAAAAAAUAAAGAGUGGUGGCAACGAUGUCAAGGACGACAGCAAAGAUGGACGGAAGGAAGAAAGAAAGGAUGACAUCCUGGUGGUAGAAAAGUAGCUAUGUUGUGCCUGGUGUUGCAUCAGGCAAUCUUUACGGGGAAGCAAGUUGGCAACUGGAAAGGGUGAAACCACACAGGAUGGAGGGAGGAAAGAAAGAAAGACUAUUGUCACCCUUUUUCUUCUCUCCAAGCCCUCAAAAAGGCAGAACAUUAUUGUGUUUCUCACGGUUGAAGUCUUUAACGUGUGCCUAUGCAGUUUUUCAAAGUAAAACAAAGGUUAAAGAACAACAAAAACCUCAUCAGCUACCAAACCAAAGAUUCACUGUUAACCCAAGUAGCAGUACUCCCCCCCCCACCCAAAAAAAGGGAAGAUGUCCAAGGGUCUCAACUGUGAUUGGUCAAAACCCCUCCUAAAAUACCAUCAACAGAAUCCAGAAACCUGUUUUUGAUGCGGUGAAAAAGCUUUAUUGAACCACCUUGUUUCACAGCGUAGCCUAAUCAGACACUUUUGCCUUGGUAGCUACCAAGUUUGUUCUUAGUUACGGUGUUAAGCACUUUCACAGUUUAACCACGAGCAGCUACACUAUUUUUGGCUACUCGUCCAGCUGGAGCCGUCGUGACAGGACAGGGAAAGACGAGCUCGACGCUGAGCUUUGUCACCAAAGGAUUCUGGGAAAAACUAGGUUUUUGUUUACUGCUGCAAAUCUGAUCUGGGAUCAGGUCCCAUUUUCCUCCAGAACAAGCUGCUGGCUGCUGCCAGGAAGGCGACAGGAGCUGCUAUGGGACACGUACAGAGCAUACCAAAGAUUUUCUGCUGUACUGACGUUAGCACACUGUCACUUUUUCCUCGCUCCACGCCGAACCAGUUUGGUUUUUUUUGGUUAUUCUGGUAUUGUCUGCGACUUUUUAACUUUUCUGAAGCCAAACCCCUCAUGAGAAAGGCAUUAGAGGCUCAUCUGUGAAGCUUUUUCAAAGAGGUAAAGGCCAGCAAGGCUUCAACUGGACCCUCACUGGAGCAGGAGAGAAAAGUGGGCAUUCAAGAGGCAAAUGAGGUCAUCUGUAGAAGGAAUGCAUCACCGGCCAAAGCAUUUCAUUUAUAUAACACGUCAAAUUGAAUUUGCACGGUGAGCCAAAACAGAAUUCCAAAAGAAUCCCACAUUUCUAAUCUUCUGUUCUGAAGUUUAGUUGUAAUGCUGCUAUAUUUUUAUCUGAGAGUUGAACCAACACCCACAACAUUAGAAAAGACGUGUGGAUGCUUCCAAAACAUCCGUAGCUUUCGUUUUAUAGACCACACAACCGUAAGUCCAUUUCCAACGUGUGAAAAGCAAAGUGUUGCUAAAAUGACAAAUGAAAAUCCCAGCAUUUUGUGGCUCAAAGUGUUUUUUUGGGCUGAAAAGUUAAGAAAGGCAGACAGUCCCAUUUUACAGAUUUUUCUUUGAUAGAGGAGGGGUUCACACUACAUGUCCCCAGAUUGGCUUACGACUUGGGGGGAGGAACGAUGCUACUUCCUCAUCUAUACAACCACAAUAAAUGAAACAAAACCAAAAAGCAACUGCUGAGAGAAACUGCUAAACUAUCGGUCAAAUAGCUUUAUUCUUAGUUUUCUCUCCGUCUUUCUGUAUGUAAAGCUUCUAGUCCAAAGAAGUCCCCCGCCCACCUGAGCCAGUCUUGCUGGCCACGCCCACGGAGGGGCGGGAUUUAUGGCUCAGGGGGUGGCUGUCAUUUUUCAUUCCCUCUUGCAGUUCUGUCUGGAUGUAAUACAGGCUAAAUCUGCCAAACCAAAAAGUGUUAAUAAUCAUAGAAAAAAGGGGAACAGAGGAGAAGUCCAAACCAAAAACUGACCCAAAGAGGUUUAUUGCUUGUUUGUCGAGUACUUAUGAAAAUGUUUUGCCAAUUAAUAUUUCUGCCACUUCGGUAUUUCCUAAGUUUUUGCAAUAUGUGAUUCAUUUGUAAAGUGAUUUAUGGGUUUUAUUAAUUCUUGAGUAAUUUCAGCGAACAAAGUUUUGUGGCCAAAAAAAUCCCCCAGAAUCCUUUUGACCUUAAAGAUGAUUAACUUUGCCAAAGUUUACAUCCAAUCUUCCCUUUUCUUUCUGGUUGAAGCUUUAUUUAUUUAUGAGGUGUUUUAGAACACAUUAGUUUUGUACUUAAUGAUAAUUUAAUGUUAUUUAAUUAGAUGUAAUUGUUUUCGAUUCCUAUUUAUGGGUAUUUAAGAAUGUUAGUUGCAUCCAGGAUGCAGUGCUUAUGCCAGGCCGUUUAAUUUAUUCUUAGCUAGAUUUACUUUACAAAGCAAAGGAAAUGUUGUUAUGAAUGUUUAGACUUGAUGACAGAACAAUAUAGAUUGUCAGACUAGAUUUAUGUAUUUCUGAAUGUCAACACGUUCUCUGUAGCUAAUCUUGCUCCUUUAUUUUUGGUGUUAAUUUAUUUUUUUAAGAAUGAAAAGAAUCUCCUUGAAUCCUCCUAAAUGAUGAGCACUGCAUCAGACUUUUCCUUUUCUUCUUUGGGAAUGUUUUAGCUCAAAUGUUGUUCAUUUUGUUGUUGUUAUUAUUUGUUUUAUUCCAUUCUUGCUGACCAGUGUUGAACAAGCAAUGAACUUCCGACUGACGUAAAUGCCCCUCGAUCAGGUGACGUACGGGCCACAUGCUGAUUUAAACGGAACCGCCAAAGAUAACGGGAAUCCUUAAGAGGCCAAUAAACUGUGUGUUUACAUCCAUGCAGCUCAUACCCUGGUUUAGCCCAACUCUUUGAAAAUCAUAGCUGAAAGGAGUUUGUAGACUUCCUGUCAUUGUCUGUUCAUAGAGGACUUAUCCAGUACAAAGAGGAUGGAAGAAACUCCUUCACAGAGAAAAGUAUUUUCCAAAUGUUUUCCUUUUUCCCAUCCAUUCCCUGCCUUGUGCUGGUAUUAUCGGAGCUUAUCCGGGUUUCUGUGUCCCUGAUGUGAUGUUCCCACCACAGUCGCCACCGUCACACCACAAUGGCUGCUGUGUCUCCCAGUGUGUGGCUGUGUGAAUGCAAACACACCCACUUGUUUCACUCGGUAAGGAAGAAAACGGACGAGUCCCUCAAAGCUAGCUGCUUCCAGGACUGACCUUGUCUGUGUGUAAAAUAGAUGAAGAAAAAAAAACCUUUUGUAUUUCAAUAGUGAGAACCAGGGAGGCUACCUCACUGACUUUCCAUUUGUCCUUUUAAUUGUGUUGAUGAAACCAAAGAUUUGUUUCUUCUUCAAUGCGGUCUGCGCUCCGCUGCAGGUUUUUCUGCUCUUCUCCUUCCUGCUUUCCCAUGAUCCUCCUGGGGCUUUCUGCCAAAAUGAGCUGCAAAAACCAAAACUCUGUGAUCAUUUUAUUACUUGUUUGAUAGAAACUUUAGAAUGAAAAUUUCAAUUCUUGCUGUUCCAUUCAGGCAAAUCUCUCGAUUUUUGAAAAGUGCAAAGCUUUUUGGACCGUUUUUGUUGUUUUGGUUAUCAAUCUUGCUUUGCCUUGUAAGUAGAAGGAACUCUAACAGAACACUGUUGCAACAGAGGGAGCACACAUAUUGCUUUAUUGAUUGUUAACCACGCCCGCCUUCAUAAAGUAGACAUAAGGUCAGAGCGCUUUUGUUUUACAUCGCUCUGUAAAAAUCGCCGGAUAAUGUUCACAGAUCUUUCAUUCACUAAAUCUGUCUAAAUAGUGCUCAAGAGAAAGUUUUGCAUUUAAUCACUUUACAGCUUGUGGUUUAAAUCCCCAUCUCAGUCAUUUGACAAUGAAAAUGUUUCCAUCCUUAAAUUUAAAAAAAAUGCUUUUAUUUGAGUUCAAGUUCCUGUGACAAAGAAACAACCUUCAUGGAUUACAUUUAAAACCUUCACAAAUGAUCUGUUCUUCACCCAAAAAAACAAAAGAGGCAGAAACAGGUUUGUGUGAAAUGAAACUUUAAAGUAGAACAUUUGAAAGCAGAAACAGCUUCCUGUAAAGCAGAAAACAUCAUUGAUAAUUGAAGUCAACGAGCUCAGUGGCAUUUAGAAGCGCCUCGAAUUGAAAGAUCAUCAUCUAAUUCUUCAGGAAAAAGGCUUUUGUUGCAGUUUUGGAAAGAGAGAUUUCCUACAGCGUGAAGAAUUCUCAUAAACAUUUCCCAAACCCGAUCAAAAAAGAAAAACACAUUUUUAUGCCUUUUUCACAAAUUCUUACCCACAAUUUUUUCUUUCUAUUAAUUUGUAAACAAAUCUUUCUCAUUUUCUUGUGUUUUUUUAUCAGAUUACAUGGAUGAAAUAUGCUGAAUCCUAAAAACAAACAGAAUCCUUGAAUAAGAUCAUUGAAGAGCCAAAUUGAAGACACUUUUACAAAACUGUUUGAUUUAAAUAAACCUUUUAAAACUCCUUCCCUGCAAUCAUCGGUGAAUAAAUGUGUUCAGUUGGAAAUGCAGCUCUUUUCUGUCCUUUAGCUUCACUCGGUUACAGAGCUUUCGAUGGAAAACGAGGAGAAAGGCUUGUGCUGCGCAGACCGCUCGCUCUUUACCAAACUGUUGCAGAAAUACCUCAUACACACUAGUGUUAGGAUGAUGUUCCAGAGCUUAUGUCAUAAAUUAUUCACGUUUUCACCCUCAUUUUUUUCUUAAAAAUGAAACGAGUGUGGGUAAAAAAAAAAAGCUUUUCUCAUUUUUAAGUCAGUCUACUUUAUGUGAGAGCUAAGAAGUGAAUGCUUGUAUAUUUCAUGGUCCUCCUCUGGAUGUGUUCAUGUCGUCUCUCUGUCAGGGACGGGGGGGGGGGACGACACUUCAAACCUGUUUUCCGGCUCAGUUUAAACGUUAAACUUCUACCAUGUGAAUGUUUUUGGGAUUGGGAACAAUGCUAGAAUGAUAUGUGUCCGUCCAGAGAAAUACCAAUGAUCCAUUUGUUUAAGAAGCUCACACCCAAAGAAUUAUGCAAUAUGUUGUCUCUUUUAUUCUACGCUUUGGUUUUUCCUCUUUUGUGAUGCAUUCCACUGCAAAGCCCAUGCAGCCGUUCUAUUAGCCCAGACUUUAUGCAUGAGUAUAAUUACAAGUAGCUAGCCGUGUAAUGCAUUGUGAUCGCUAUCAUUGACCUCCUCCUCAUCAUUUGGUCAUCUUUGACAGCAGAAUUGUGUUUACAUGUAUAUGACCUUUGACCUGCUCAUGUUUAGGCUGAAAACCUGCUUCAUUAGAGUCAAGCGGAGCGGGAGAGGAGGGGUGUCAGACUCGCAGCUUUAUCCGCCAGCUAUCCUGUGGCGUUCACGUCCAUCUGGAAAAUCAAACACAACCCCGGUCAUCUCUGGAGGUCACUGGGUUUUGUUCUUUUUUUCUUUCUGCAACACAGACUUCCAUCCAAAUCAAGUGAAAAGACAUUUUUAUGUCUGUGGAGUUUAGCUUCUCCUUCUUCUUAACCCGAGAACAAAACCGAGCAUCGCAGAAGCCUGCAAUCGAACAAAAUGAGUGAGGGAACAAAGAAUGAAAGUGGAUCAAAACACAGAAGUGAAUCAGAUCCGAGCUGCAGCAGCAUCCAGCCAAAACACGAGAGGAAAAGGACCAAGCCUUACGUCAUGAAACCGAAUCCCCGUGAUGAUGGAAAACAAAAAUAUAACUCCUGUAAACAACAUUUAUCCAACUGAAUCUGUGAGAUGCAUUAAAUGUGAUUGAAUGAGCCACUUUUACCUGAUAAUCAAUGUCCAAAUCCUGGAUAAAUUCACAAGUGAACAGAUCGGAUGUGCAAAGGCUCCUAAAACUCUUUCUUUCCUUCACUGAGACAAAAAUGAUCAAAGAGUUUUAAAACACAACCAUAGCAUCAGACAGCAGCACCAGCACAGGUCAAAGGUCAAAUCUGGAGGUCAGCGAUGGUUGUGGUUCCAUCAAACCAUCAUGGUCUUCAUUUGGAGUGACUCCGGCGCCGCUGUGGGAAACGGUUUCAGCACAUUCCGUCGCUCAUUUCACGUACUUUUCCAGUUCCAUCCCUUUUGCUUUCUGUCGGUUUUUCAGGGUUUUGCAUUUGUUGUCACACAAAAAGUUUUUUUUUGUUUUGUUUUUACAUUUGGUUUCAAACUGAAAAGAGAAGUGACUUCUAACGUGUUGUGUGGACUGAAACGAUGAUCAAACAUGAAGGAGAUCUUUGGGAAAUUAAUGUUGUUCCACUCUAUGUAUAAAAUAAGGAAAAAAAUCAAUAAAGAAAUCACAAUGGUCUUAUCCAUGUCAAACCGAA